UCAGUUAGCCAAGCUGACGUUGGAAGCGCUUCCUCCUCACUGCACGAUGGCUGCCGCCUUGAGGGGAAGCUUAGUAUCAUUGGCCAAGGGCCUGAGUGGUGUCCGGUUACAGCCGCUCUGCGUCCGCUCGCUGAGUCUGACGGCCAGUCAGAAUGCUACCUUGGAAUCUCCCCCAGCACGAGCCGACAGCACCUUCAAGGUCACCAUGGUGCCGGGUGAUGGGGUCGGACCAGAGCUCAUGACUGCAGUCAAAGAGGUUUUUAAGUCAGGUGAUGUACCUGUGGAGUUUGAGGAGUUCCACCUGAGCGAAGUGCAGAACAUGGCCAGCGAGGAGAAGCUGAAUGAGGUUCUUACCUCCAUGAAGAACAACAGGGUUGCCAUCAAAGGAAAGAUCCACACCCCGAUGGAGUACAAAGGAGAGCUGGCAUCCUAUGAGAUGAGACUAAGAAGGAAGCUGGACCUGUUUGCUAACGUGGUGCAUGUGAACAGCCUGCCCGGUUACAGCACACGCCACAAUAAUCUGGACCUGGUCAUCAUCCGGGAACAGACUGAAGGAGAAUACAGUUCACUGGAGCAUGAGAGUGUGUCAGGAGUGGUGGAGUGUCUGAAGAUCAUCACCAGGGAGAAAUCUCGCCGCAUCGCCAAGUUUGCCUUCGACUACGCCACCAAGAAGGGCCGCAGCAAAGUCACAGCCGUACACAAAGCCAACAUCAUGAAGCUUGGAGAUGGCCUGUUCUUGCAGAGCUGCGCUGAAGUUGCUGAGCUUUACCCCAAGAUCAAAUAUGAGAACAUCAUCAUUGAUAACUGCUGCAUGCAGCUGGUCCAGAACCCAUACCAGUUUGAUGUUCUGGUGAUGCCCAAUCUCUAUGGCAACAUCAUUGAUAACCUGGCAGCAGGCCUGGUGGGCGGAGCUGGGGUGGUACCAGGAGAAAGCUACAGUGCGGAAUAUGCUGUGUUUGAGACGGGGGCCAGGCACCCGUUCGCUCAGGCUGUAGGGAGAAACAUUGCUAACCCCACUGCUAUGCUGCUGAGUGCUGCUAACAUGCUCCGACAUCUCAACUUGGAGUAUCAUUCUAACAUGGUUUCUGAAGCUGUCAAAAGAGUCAUAAAACAGGGCAAGGUGCGUACAGCAGACCUGGGAGGUUAUGCCACGAGUGUGGAGUUCACCAGAGCGGUCAUCUCUAAUCUCUCCGCUUGAAGAAGUUACAGCACUGAGGCCUCACCAUCGGAGUCCACUCUCCGCACCUGCUGACCGCUGACUCCGCACAUUUCUCCUAGGGGGGAAUUCACAGUUUUCCUCUAAUCCCAAAUGUAAUUCACCAGGCAUGAUGUCUGUUUUGCACCUGAGCUACGAGGCUAAUGCAGUUAACAAGAUAAUAGAAGCAUAUACCUAACCAGUUAGCAUCAUGCUACGUCAUCACACUCGCCGCAGACCGUGUGCAGUUGUUCAGUAUCUCAAACAGACUUGAUAAUGUGGUUUCUGGACCAGUAAGGUGAGACUAGAUUAGGAUCAAACAUUGAUGGUUUAUGCACAUGGUUAGCACAAUGCUAAUUCAUAGAGAAGAGGCUUCUGUUACAUCACAGCUGCCCCUGGUGAACAGAGACCAUUAUGUUUAUGUUGGUUCCUGAUGGUUUCUUAAUGUCUCAGCUUUUUAAAUGGGUUGAUAUCACAAUGUAAAGGACUUCAGUGGUUUAACAGGUGACCAAUGGCUCGUUCUGAACGCAUCUGACGGUUUCCUAAAGGGAUCUAAAGGUGUUCAACUUGUUGAGGAGAAUUCUGCAAUGUCUUCCAGGUUCCUCAGACGCUAGAGGGCGCUCCCGAGCAAGUCCAAAAUGAAUGGGUAGAUAUGGAGCAUCUGAGUAAAAUCAUAGUUUAUUAAUGCUGAAAUGUUUUUAAUGUAAAAUAUUUCAUUCAUCCCCUGAACGCAGAGCAGCAUGAAGCAUUUUAGCACUGCUGUUAUAUCUUUAAGAGCUUUAAAACUGGAAUUAUAGGAGUUUAAAACGGUGCCUCGUGUACAUUCAUGACGUCAGUAAACACGAACAGCCAAUCAGCUGCUUCUCUUGCCAACCAAUCAGCACUCGGUAGCAGUAAUGCCAGCGUUCUGCUGUAGAAAAAGGGAAUAUAUAGAUGAAUUUUCUCUGUUUUUUUACUGAAAUACGUCCUCCUACUGUCUAAAAUGAAAGGAAAGUUCUGGUUCAGUGAUUAGAAGAUAUUUUAACUGUCCGUUUUUAGCCGUUGAGCUCCAUUCACUCCCAUUCAUUGAGGACUCGCUCGCGGGCGCCCUCUGCUGAUUAGCACUCCUGGUUUUAAUGUAAUGGGGGAAAUAGGAAGAGGCCAGGCUCCUCAUAAACCAGCUCUGGUUCUGCAGGAAACUAGUGCAGAGCCGGAUUAUGAAGAGCACUCCCUAUUCCCCCCCGUUAUAUGAAAAACAUGACAACAAAACGCCAGAGGGCGCCCUCGAGCGAGUCCUCAGUGAAUGGGAGUGAAUGGAGACCAACAGCUAAAACCAGACAGUUAAAACUAGUUUCUAAUCACUCGCUUUCUUUAAUUUUAGACAGUAGAAGGACGGAUUUCGCUAAAAAAGCAAAGAAAUCUCACCGAUAUUUUUACAAUUUUUCUACAGCAAAACGGGUUUCGGGCAGCAGGGGGCGGGCUUUACUGGUACCGAGAGCUGAUUGGUCGGCGAGCGGAGCAGAUCAUUGGCUGUUCGCGCUCGCUGACGUCAUGAACGCCGUUUUAAACUCGUAUAUCUCGAGUUUAAAAGCUCUUAAAACUAUAACAGCGGCCUUAAAACGAUUUGUGCUGCUCCGUGUUCAGGAGAUGAUUGAAUUAUUUUGCAUUAAGAUGUUUCAGCGUUUAUAAACUAUGAUCUCCAUCUCAGCCCCUUCAUUCGGGACUCGCUCGGGAGCGCCCUCUAGCGUCUCAGAAGUUCCCUGACUGGUGGUCCAUUAGAGAGCAAAGCCAAAAAUGUCUUGGCUGUUUUUUUUUUUUUUUUUUUUUGGCAAACAGUUUAUUAAAUGUUUGAUACUGAAGACCUGCGCCUAGACUUAAAGGGUAACUCCACCAGAAUUGACAAAUGUCAACAUAAUUAAACAGUUAGGAUGUAAA